UUAUGUGGAGACUGCAAAUGUGCAGGGCAUAGACCAAGGAAAAGGUCACUUUUUCUGGGGGUGUCAGGGAAGACUUCCCUAAAGAGUUAACGUUUGAACAAAUUUUGAAGGACAAGAAGCAGCUGUCCAAAGGAGGAAAGAGGAUAAGAGGCAAAGCAGAUGCAAAGCGAGGAGAGGCAGGUGGCAGAAUUGUGAUCCAGCAAAGAUAUGUUUCCACACAACUGUGUCCUGCAAUUGCAGAGGAAACUUCAAUUCAAGGGAUUCCUCCUGUGAGAAAACAUUCUCAGUCACCCAGGGUCAGAACAAAGUUCUCCUGAGUGUUCCUGGUGACCUUGACAGAGGGGCAGGUCAGCCUAGCUGCUGAUGUGAUCUCUGGAGCCCCGAGCCUAACCUUGCGGAAUCUGCAUCGCUCGUGCCUGCACGUCUGUGUCCCGUAAGGUUUACAGAGGAGAACUAAGCAACAAGAAGAUACUUGCCCUGGCUUUAUCAUCAUUCACAAAAUCCCCCUGUAAAACUUCACCAAUGCCUCCCAUGGAGAACCACAACUCCUCCAGGCUGUCUGAAUUUGUGCUUCUUGGUUUCCCCAAUGUGGGGCCCAUCAAGGGCUGGCUUUUUCUCCUGCUGCUGCUGGCAUACCUGUUCACAGUCUGUGGCAACUUGCUCAUCUUCCUAGUCAUAAGACUGAAUGCAGCUCUACACAAACCUAUGUACCACUUUAUCAGUAUCCUCUCCUUCCUGGAACUGUGGUAUACAGCUGCAACCAUCCCCAAGAUGCUGGCUAAUCUUCUCAGUGAGAAAAAGACCAUUUCUUUCGCCGGUUGCCUCCUUCAGACCUACUUCUUCCAUGCCCUAGGGGGUUCUGAAUGCUACCUUCUUACUGCCAUGUCCUAUGACCGAUACCUGGCCAUCUGCCGGCCCCUCCACUACCCUGCAAUUAUGACCUCAACACUCUGUUUCAAGAUAGCUGCUUGCUGUUGGACUACAGGCUUCCUGUGUCCCAUUACUGAAGUCACUCUGGUCUCCCAGCUCCCCUUCUGUGGCAACAAUAAAAUUCCACACAUCUUCUGUGACUUCCCACCUCUACUCGGCCUGGCCUGCAAAGACACAUCCAUUAAUGUGUUAGUCAACUUUUCCAUCAAUUCCUUUAUUAUCCUUAUCUCCUUCCUCUUUAUUAUGUCUUCUUAUGGAAGAAUUAUUGUGGCUGUACUGAAGAUAAAGUCAACAGCAGGGAGGAAGAAGGCCUUCUCUACUUGUGCCUCCCAUCUCAUUGUAGUCUUCCUCUUCUUUGGAAGCAUCAUCUUCAUGUAUAUUAGGCUAAAAAAGAGCUACUCACCCACACUUGACAGAACUUUUGCUGUGGUCUACUCAGUAGUAACACCCCUGGCCAACCCCAUCAUCUAUAGUCUUCGUAACAAGGAACUCAUUAGAGGCAUCAAGAGGACCAUCUUGCGCAAAGAGGACAAAACGAGUCCCUCUCACCACUGACUUUCUGCCAGAGACCUUCAUGUGCUUCAAAGUCCAGCUGAUAAAAGUUCUGAGUGCCUCUGUCCUGACCUUGAGAACCUUCCCUUCAUCAUCCACAAAAUGGAUUUUAUCUCCUCAAACAUUUUGUUUUUGAAUCUGUUUCUUCUAUUUCCUACAUCUUCAUUCUUUCCAUUUUUUUACUUGAUCCAAAUGUCAGCAUUGAAUGAUAAUUUAGUGCCUCUGUUCUUACAAAAAAUGCAGUUCCUUCUGCAUGUUUCCUGGUUGUUCUACUCCUACUAACUUUUUUUUAAUGGACCAGACUAUAACCCUUUUGUUACGCAGAACCUAUAGCUAGGCAAAGAAAUAGAAAAUGUGUAUUUUGAUAGAGAGUAGGCUACCAAUUAAUUUUUUCAAGUAUAACAUACAUACAGCAAGCUAUACUACAGAACACAAAUGUGCCACUCAAUGAGUCUUUACAGAUUGAACUCUUUUAUAUGGUGAGCUUUCAGAUCAUAAGAAGGUCAUAGGAAGCACCUCCACAAUUUUCCAAUGCAGCUAGACAGUCAACUUUCCCUUCCUCUGCCUCCCUCAAUUAUAAUCAGUAACUGAACAACUUUUAAUACUGUAGAUGGAUUUUACGUGUUUUGGUGUUUUACAUAAAUUGAU